AUGUCGCGAAGACUACACGAUCCUUACGAGACACUUCAUAACCGUCCAAAGUGGGGAUUCGUUAUUUAUCGAUGCGACUACCGUAACGACGAAUCCUGGAAGGCCUUUAUAGACAAGUGGUCAGACCGUGUAAAGCAAUGGCUUCUUCACAAGAAUGCAAGCCAUCUUGUACAAACACUUGAGUUCACAGUCAAGGAGGAUCCCGCUGUUCUCGAUGGUGCAACUGUAGAAGAUGUGCAAGGGCUAUUCACAACGUGGACUACAUCAGAAGAAGCUACUGCAGAGCAACGUGCUGCUUGGGACAACAAUGUGGGAAAUUCUGCUAGGCACUACUUCUGCAUACACGUGGAUGCCCAGUCGCUUGAUGGGUGUUUACGAUAUGAGUCGCUUCCAGAAGAUACGCAAAGGAAAUAUAUCUUCUCGAACCGUGACCCGUCUCUUGGACAGGCCGCAUACGUCAAUAUCGUUGAGAAGUUUCAGGAGGUUAUCAGGCUUCCGGGAUCGUCAGACAACGGUGGGAAUAACGACGAAGAAGAUGAUGAAGACGAAGAUGAUGAAGUAAUCUCAAUCAAGAUGCACAUGCCGUUCGUUCUGCCAGAUGCUUACAUAGCUCUUUCCAAGAUGCCCAACCUGCUCCAGAGCUGGGCUCAAAAUUGCGAGGAAGAUGGCGUCUGCCUAUACUAG